AUGCCUCAAGUUUUGCCUGGUGAUGUCACUGGAUUGUAUUAUAUUCUUGUUAGCAACCUUCCAUGGUCAUGUACAUGGCAACGUCUCAAAGACUUUGCACGAAACCAAGACUGUAAGGGAAAUUGCCUUGCCGUUGAACAUGCGCAAGUGUAUCCAGAGUCGACUUGUGGAUGGGUGACAGUCAGAGGAAAGGAAGAUUUUCUCCAAGCACUCCAACAUCUGCAGGGUGGAAUGAUGGAAAAUCGCGCUUUAUGUGCAGAUGGCCGCAAUGAGACAGAAUCCAUUCAAGUGCGGGAUCUCGCGAUGCCGUGGACGUCGCGAUAUUACAGCGAAGGUGUGUUCACAAGAGACAUUCAACCUACGACCCGUGAAGCAUCUAUUACUACCUCGAUAUCGGCGACUUUCAACAACGAUAGAGGCGUUACCAAGACUCAGAGCAUUGAGAUACCCUAUAAUACGUCGAUACCAUCUGAGUUUUCUGCCGUUAUGGCGCCAGGCGUAUCUGUCUUUGCCUCACCUCCUCAAACAUACGUCACAACCUCUCCUUUCUUCGGUGCACUCUCGCAGCCCAUGUCCAGUUCAGCAUACAACCCCCCAUUCGCCGAGCAAUUCGCCGUCUUGAAAAGUAAAGUCAUUAUUACACGAAUUCCCAACAACACAGCCACUACAGACCUACAAAGCUUCAUUCAGGACUACAUGAAAGCGAGAUCUCUGGAUAAUUCAUCUGAUGAAAACCCUCUCCUUGCUCUACAGAGCAUGAGAAUUGAGAAGCAUCCUUGUGGUAAACAAAAAUCCCAUGCGUUUCUCAUCUUUGAGACAUACACUAUGGCCAAAGCGAUAGUUGAUAUGCUUGAUGGGGUCAACUUCAGGGGCAGAGACCUGAGGGCGAAGCUAGCCAAAGAAGGGGUGGAUCCAAGAGAAAUGUCUUCAAUGCAGAGUCAAUCCAACGUUGGACUCACAGCGAGGAAGUCACCACCAAAGCCACAGAGAUAUCCCAAACCAAAGACUCAUUUGCCACCCAAGGGAGAGAAGAUGAGAAAGCCAAAAGAAAGAGCAGAAGGCAGGGAUAGAAUAGUGGAAGAUAUUGGAAGUGAAAGAGUCGAAGCAAGCGCGGUAGCUGCAGUCGCGGCGAAUGCGAAAAGAGAGGCUUCUCUCAACUCUCCAAUGGUUAUAAAUGGAUCGUCGCCGGGAAUGAUCUUCUGA